AUGAAGAGCGGCAAAGCCAUCACGCUGCACCUGGUCGGCCACAGCCCUACGGAGGCACACACGCUGUGGAACGGGGCGAAGAUCAUAUCAGACUACUUCGAGAAGGACCCCUCGAGGAUCAAGGGCAAGACGAUGCUGGAGCUCGGCGCGGCCUCGGGCCUGCCGUCCCUCGUCGCAGCGAUCCUGGGGGCCAAGAAGGCCGUCAUGACCGACUUCCCGGACCCGGACAUUGUGGCCACGAUGCAGAGGAACAUUGACGAGUGCGACGAGACGAUGGAGGUCAAGGGCCGGCUGGCGGAGACGAUCGACGCGAUGGGCUUCAUCUGGGGCAGGGAGCCCGAGCCGCUGCUGGAGAGGCUGUCGAGCGACGGGCAGGCCAGGUUCGACGUCCUCGUGCUCGCCGACCUGCUCUUCCGGCACAGCGAGCACGGGGCGCUCGUCAAGACGAUCAAGGAGACGAUGCGCAAGUCGCCCGAGAGCGUGGCCUACGUCUUCUUCACGUCGUACCGGCCGUGGAAGAAGGACCUGGACAUGGCCUUCUUCGACGUGGCGCGGGAUGCUGGGCUGGAGGUGGAGCAGGUUGAGGAGAUCCAUCUGGAGAAGCCGCUGUUCAAGGACGACCCCGGCGACCUGGACGUGCAGAAGACGGUCAAGGGCUUCGCCGUUAGAUGGCCCGCGGCUGCGUGCUAAACAUCCAUCCAGAAUGCAACAAGAUGACGUCCAGUGUGGCCGUUGGUCCCAGUCCGUUCUGCAAUCAAAUGUCUGUGAAUCAUACAUAGUGACCGGCGAAACGCCCUGCGAUCUGCCCGCCAUCAAUUAGGGGGAGUAACGGGGGCCAACCAGCUGCGCCAACCGCUGCAGUCAGCUCCCUGUGGCCCGCUGCGGCCGCUUGUUGGGUGGGUGCAUGUGCCUGAGCCACGCUUCUGCCUUGUGAGUCAACGGCCAAGCUCGAGGCUUAUCUUAAUGGAUGGCCUCUUUCAGCCCCGCCUUAUUAACUAUCGUCAGCCACUCUGACCAGCACCGUGAAUUGAUUUAAGAGCCGUUGUCUGGAGUACGAAAGGAGAGAGCUAGAAGAGUCGAAAGAGUUUCAAGAAAGAAAGAGCGUUGCUUCCCCCCCAUCCUAUUUUCCUAAUCUCUUGUGCCGUGCAAAGAUACGCAGCCAUGGCCCAAACAACCCCAACGCUCACCAUCCAGCCCAACCAUGCGGCUGGCCCUCGCCCGAAGAAGCUGAAUCUUGACCAUCUCCCUCUCGAGAUUGUCCUACGGAUCUACGAAUUCGCCCUCGUAGAACGCCCGAGAUGGGAGAAGACGCACAAGCCAACCUGCAAGUACAAGCCCAAGUUCGGCGACGACAUCUACGAGAACCCACCGUUCCUCCAGACCAAGGUGACCGUCUACGCCGACAUGAGGCAGAAGACCGAGUGCUCCUGCUCCUGCGCCAAGCGCACGGGACUCGGGCUCCUCCUCGCCUCCAGGGGCGUCAACGAGCUCGCGGCGCCCAUCUUCUGGUCCAAGAACACAUUCUGUUUUCUUGACGCCAUCGAGGUCAUCGCCACGGUCGGCCGCCUCCUCCGGCCUGCCUACGUGGAGAUGAUCCGGGCCAUCAGCAUCAUGAACCCGGACCAGAGCGGAUACACGGGCCACGUGGACUUCACAUUGUCUAAAGGCAAGCAGCGGCACGCCUUCUGGGACACUAUCGAGAGGUGCACGGGGCUCGAGAGCCUCGACAUGCCGGGGGCCUACAUCUCGGCGACCAAGUGGUUCGCGCAGCGCAUGGCCAAGCUGUCCCGGAAGGCGCCCUCGCUGAAGGCUGUGCGGUUCAACUUCCUCCUCACCUUCACGUCCUUCGACAUGUGGAGCGAGUACCCGUCCCCCUGGUGGGACCACUACUUCCCCAACGUCAUCUACGCCCGGUGCUCCCGCAGCUUCUCCCUCAGAGACCAGGACUGGAGCCCCAAGGCGGUGCAGGAGCUCGCGCGGAGCCUCAAGUGGAACUUCCGCGUGUACGUCGGCACCGCCAUCAAGACCAGCUUCCUGGGCGCCAGCAAGGAGAGGCCCGAGAGCUACAAGGACACCUUCCAGCUCGCGGCGGGCAUCGACGAGCACUCGAGCAGGCGCCGCGUCACGCUGCCGACGGGUGAGGCGACCACGGUGACGUUCUACGGGUUCCCCCUCAGCAAGCGGGACAGGAUGGACCAGGUCAGGCGGAAGCAGGCGCUCGACGGGGAGCAGAGGAAGAUCAACAGGCUCACGCACGCCCAGAACGAGGCGGUGGUCAAGGCCAAGGGGAUGAGGAAGGCGAAGCGGGAGACGCAGGUGACGGAGAACAGGGAGACUCACAACCAGGCGAUUGCGGAUCGGGGCCAGCGGCUCCUGGACCUCAAGGCCGAGGAGGACAGGGCCGCCAGGAAGCAGCAGCGGAAGAUUGACAGGAUGACGAAGAGGAAUGCCGAGAUACACAGGAGCGAGAGGAAACGAGUUCCUGCCGGGAGGGUUGUGUAACCGAGGACCGGGAAAUGAGAGAGGGCGGACUGGGACACUGUACAACUUGGGAUGGCAAUUUUGGUCUAAAAAGCAAAUAACUAGGAUGAUCCAAUGAUGAAUGAGUAAUGAAUUCUCUUCAUGUGAAGAAUCGUUACCUAGAGUACUCAUGGAACUGAAUCCUUUACGAUACUUGCCAAUUUCGCUCCGCACUAGGACAGUCCCAACAUCAGCACGGUUCUAAAAGUAAUAUUGAAUGGAGCAGCAGCCAACGGAGAGACAACAUGUAACGUUGCCUUAGAGAAUUGGGGAUUGGGAGACUGGGGGUUGAGAGCCAAUAUGCCAUCCACCGGCCGGAGGCGGCCAUAUUCAAGCAAAUUCAGGCGAGGACUGGAGCUGCAGUACCGACGUCAUAUAUGUAUCCCUCUCCUUAGCUGCGACUGAUUAGGAUGAUUAGCAAUUAGGCGGUGGGAGGGCCAUCUCAGCAAUAUGCAAGCAUUGACGAGUAAAACACGAUGCAUUGUCCUGGGGGGUUACAGACGCCGUAAUAUCUCCCGGGUUGGUAAGCGGAGAGGCGGGUGGUGGGUGGUACGGAUGCAACAACCAUAAUUGCUUUUUUUGCUCGCGGGGAGGGGGCGAGGGCCCAGGAGUACACGCAGGAGUAUACGAGUUUGGAACGUUGUUAUGGGAUCAGAAAGCCCAUGUCGAAUUCCUCAACGGCCCAUAUUUGAUAUUAGUAGCGCGUAUGGCCGAUUUCUGAUUCGUUGCAGGCACAAGUUGUGUGGUGGUGAUCCGGCAGUUGGGCCGUUCCAAUUCUGCUGACUGAACUGACCCCUCACCAAUUGCUCAACCGGCUGCGUUCCAACUCACAAUAUACACGUCUACAUUCCGCCCGUGCCCCAAACUCUAUCGUUCGGAACAGGCCGAGUAGGGUUUCUAGCUAUAUAGACAUCACGCCUUCUCCAACCAGGGUCUUUGUUGGGCACGCACUCACUCACACACACAUACGCUGCGUAUACGGAAGAAAACACAUCACAGUUCCUUCACUUUCCGGGCCCAAGGACGAGGAUACCAUUACCCGCCUGGCCGGUCUAGACUCUCAGAACACCUACCUACGUCAGGCACAUUUGGGCACCCCACCACAGCACGCAUGUCUUCCACACCGCAUCUUUCCCAGCUGGAGAGGGACGGCUUCGUGGUGGUCAAGGCCAUCGCCAGCCCAGCCAAGCUCGAGCGCCUCCGCGACGCAAGCACCAAGGCAACCUCGCUCGCCCGUUCGGGCGGCUGGCCCCACGUCCGCACCGUCGGCAAGCAGUUCCCGCCCUGGAACCUCGCCGAUGCCGCUGAAAAGGGCAUCUGGGGCGUCCAGCACCUCAUGAACCCGGACCUGGGCGGCCACGACCUCUUCGCGGAGCAGUACUUCUCCGAGGAGGUCCUGUCCAUCGUCCGCGAGCUGCUGCAGUGCUCCGACGACGAUCUCGUCAUGGAGCUCUUCAACAUGCUCGUCCGCCCCGAGUCCGACUUCGAGCUCAGGUGGCACCGCGACGACAUCCCUGCCGAGGCGUCGGCUCAGGAGGAGAUGGAGCGGCUCGCCAAGCCCGCCUUCCACGCCCAGUACAACUUCGCCCUCUUCGACGACGACUCUCUCGUCGUCGUACCGGGCUCGCACAGGCGUGCGCGCACCGACACAGAGCGAGCGGCCGGGCCCUUUGAGAAGGUGCUGCCGGACCAGCUCGUCGUCAAGCUGGGACCGGGGGACAUUGUCUUCUACAACAACAAUAUCCUGCACCGUGGCGUGUACGACUCAAGCAAGGAGCGCAUGACUCUGCAUGGUUCGGUUGGGCAUGUGGGCGGGAGCGCUCUCCGGGCGAGGAAUGUGCUGCAGCAUGGGGUUGGGGAUUGGGUGGCGGGAUGUAAUUUUAGCAGGUUAGAGGGCCGCGACCGAGAGCGGGCUGAGGCCAUGAGGGAGAGGUUAGUAAAAAUGGGCGGCGCGAGUGGUGAUGUUGGCUAUUCGCUCCAGGGAUGA